AUGAUGGGAAUGCGCGGCGUGGCGUUGAUUCUUAUCCAGCUAGCGGUUGUAGUCGUUAUUACUAGAUCAGCUGUUGUUAAAAUUCCAAGUAAUGUACAAGCGGAUCCGCAUAUUUUGCAACCUCAGAAGGUUUUGCCAUCUAAACUCCCGCUUGACAAAUCUGCGCGGUUCAUACAUGGAUUUAUGGCGUCCAUUUACGUUAUUGUAAUAUCGGAGCUUGGAGACAAAACAUUUUUUAUCGCUGCCAUACUUUCUAUUCACCACCCUCGCCCCGUUGUGUACUUAGGUGCCAUGUCCGCUCUGAUUACCAUGACCGUACUUUCAGCUCUCCUUGGCUAUACGACAGAACUCCUCCCGAGGAUAUACACAUUUUAUCUUUCCGGUGUUCUCUUUAUUAUAUUUGGUGUCAAGAUGCUGUAUGAUGCUUACAAAAUGUCGCCUGACGAUGCGAACGAGGAGUACCAGGAGGUCGAGCAACAAAUUGGGAGCGCUGACGUCAACUCGGGUUCGAGGUGUCACGUUCGUGUACGCGCCCUGUUGCGGAAGGUUCUUUCGCCCAUUUUCGCAGAGGCUUUUUUGAUGACAUUUUUGGCAGAGUGGGGUGAUCGGUCGCAGUUAACCACUAUUGUGCUGGCUGCUCGCGAGAACGUUCUCGGAGUCAUCACCGGUGGAAUUCUUGGACAUGGUUUGUGCACCGGCCUGGCCGUUAUAUCGGGAAGAUUGGUAGCUCAAAAGAUUUCUGUCAAGUGGCGUAAGUUAUUGGUCGUUGUUUGGGCUUUUAAUCAAAAUUCUGAUUAUAAGUAUUAUUAUCUUGUGAGAGAGCUACCGGAACUUCAUCACGUUUUAUUAAUGGCUCGUCGAAAAUCUCUGUGUAACGACUCGCUGCUGCUUAUUCGGGUUUUGUUCCUCAUUCCCUCCCAAGUAAGUGUUGAUUGCACCUCAAUCCUCGUGUUUCAAGUGGUAUACAUAUACAGUUAUCGAGGAGUUGACGAAGGUUGGUCGUAUACAUAG